UAGCACAAUUCCAAAUUGCUGGUGUCCAUGUCCGCGUCCUUCUUUCCUUCUUCAACCUCAUCCCCUUCUAGGGCAUGGAAACCCCUCUGUUCCCCCAAUUUGCUUCCCAUGAACCCUAACCUCCAUCGCUUCAAGAUUCCUUCCUCGUCAUCUCCUCCUCCUGCCUUUACCAUAACUGGUCUUCCUUCGUCGACGGCUCCGGUAUUGAAGAAACGGAAGAGGUACCGCAGGAUUUUACCCGGGGAGGCCGAGGGCAUCGUGCAGGAGAUGAGGUUCGUCGCCAUGAGACUACGCGACAACGCUGGUGACAAGGAGAAGCAGGAGGAAGAGAGCAGCAAUGGCGGUGAGGAAACCUGGCAGCCGAGCAUGGAAGGUUUCUUGAAAUAUUUGGUGGACAGCAAGCUGGUGUUCGAGACGAUCGAGCGGAUUGUGGAUGAGUCCACCGAUGUCGCUAAGGUUUAUUUUAGAAAAACUGGUCUUGAGCGGGCUUCUAGUCUUUCCAAAGACUUAGAAUGGCUUAGCAAAAGGGAGAUUAUUCCACAACCAAGUAACCCUGGAACUACUUAUGCCAAGUAUCUUAGUCAGCUGGCUGAAAAUAACGUGCCUUCAUUUCUUUGUCAUUUCUACAAUAUCUAUUUUGCUCAUAUAACGGGUGGUCAGGAGAUAGGUAAAAAGGUCUGCAGCAUGCUCUUGGAAGGAAGCGAACUUGAGUUCUACAAAUGGGACGGUGAUGCUAAUAAGUCUUUGAAAGAUGUGAGAGACAAUCUCAAUAAUCUAGGAGAGCAUUGGACUCGAGAGGAAAAAAAUACAUGCCUGAAGGAGGCAGCCAAGUCGUUCCGGUAUCUGGGGCAAAUAGUGCGGUUGAUAAUUUUGUAACUGGGUUUUGUACUCCACUUCAACUUUCGGUUUUUAUGGUACUUAGCAUUACUCUGGGAGAGAGCUCAUUGGCCAAAUUAAUUGGGCCGGUUCAUGAUAUUUUGUACCUUAAAUGGGACUUGGAAGUUGGAAACCAAGCUGUCUAAAGUCUCUGAUAUAUCUUCUCUAAUUUACCAGGUGACCAAGCUCUUUGUAGAUGAGUUCUUUCUUUAAUCACUUAAAGAGUUGUGCGUAUGAAA